UGUCCAUUGUGCGGUAAAAGUCAUAUGAUAAAUCAGUGAUCGUCUGUUUUUUUUUAAAAAAAAAACUUAACUGGCCAGCUGGCUAAUAGGUUUUCCUUUGGAAAUAAUGAUUGUCCUUAUUCUUUCAUUGUUUAUAUUGCCUUGGUCAUCUGCUAACCAGUUGAAUUCAAGACCAAGUGUGGUGUUUUUAGGCGAUGGUGACUGGAACGAUAAUGCACUCGUAUUUCGCUCUGCUAGUAGUGUUUUGUACUGGUGUGUAACAGCCCAUAAAAAGGCAGCUUCACUUGAUCAAGAAAAGGGUUCAUGGAACAAAAUAAUUCUACCUGAAGGAACAGAUGUGUAUUCGAAUCCUAUAAGUCUUCGCCAAUCUGGUAAUGUUACCUUUUUGCUCUUUCAAUCAACUAAUGGUCAAGUCUUUGCAAAUCGAAUAUUGCCAGGACCACAGUUUGGUAAAUGGGUACAAGUUGGUGGAAACUUACCUUAUGAUGAAGGAAGUACAGUCAGAGGCUUGGAUAGUGUAUCUCUGCAGAAUGUUAGUGAAAAGUUGUAUGUUGUGGCAAGAUCUUACACAAAUGCGUCCCAUUUAUAUUGGUCUAGCCUAAACAAGGAAAAUUUAGUGUCAUCAAGUUGGCAGAUGAUUGGUGGCAGUUCUGCCAAGUUAUUGACUGAUGCGGCCAUUGUAUACAAUGACUUUACGAAGUUGUUAGAGGCAUUUAUGGUUUCAACAAAUGGUUUUUUAUAUCGAUCUUGGCAGACAAGUUCAGUGAAAUGGUCAGCAUGGGACAAGACUGGUUAUAGUGCACCGAAGACUUCCCAUGCCCCUGUUGUACACCAAAUGGAUACUAACAUUUUUAAUGGUAGAUUGAAUGUUUUUAUUCAUGGCGAUGAAGGUAAGCUUCAUCAUAUCUGGCAGACAACAUGUGACAAGGUGCCGAACCCAUGGGGUUGGUGUACAUGGAGUACGUGGAACACAAUUGGAAAUGAUGUGCCAGCUACUGACAGUAAGAUUGCAAAUACCAUUAGCAUUGGUAAUAACAUACAUCUUGGCAUCGAGGUUUUCGUGGUUGACACAAAGGGAGUCCUCUACAAAAUGUGGCAAAGCAAACGUCAUGGAUCUUGGAGCACAUGGCAGUUGGUGGAAGGCACAACAGGUUAUCAAAUUGCUUCCCUUCCUGCUAUUGUUAAUGAUGGAACUGGAUGGUGGUCUGCUUAUUGUCUGGAUAGUUCAAGUGACGUUCUAAUCGUCCGUCAAAAUCGUUCUUUCACAGUUUCACCGUCAAUUCUGUCGUCAUCGGAAAAGCCAGUCUUAGUGAAAUGGAAUAUGCCGGUGGACGAAGCAUCGAGCACUGAUUGGAUAGGUGUCUACCCUCACAGUGCAAGCAACCAUAUGUAUGUGGAUUACAUGUACGUUGGAGGGACGCAGAAUCCAACCUCAGAAGUGCUACCUUCUGGAAAUGUCACUUUUACGACUUUCCUCCCGCAAGGAAAUUAUGAUGUGCGCUACUUGGUAAACAAGCGUUAUGUUGCAGCCAUUGGAACGACAAUGAUAAUUUCUAAAGGAUCCACUGAGCCAGAAUGGGUCCAAGUUUUCCGAGGAAUUUUUAGUGGUUUGGGCAUCAAAGAUUUAGAUAUUAAAUCCUGUGUGAAAGACGCAGAAGAUAUUCCGCUGGCUUUUAAAGCCGCAUUUGUAGCGUUUGAAGACCGUGCGAUAUUUCGAGGGCUGCAAGAACUGGGCGGGGCACUUGGUGACGUCAUGAAAGCUGUAAAGGAUUGCAACCUGGAGAAAGAAUUCGUUCGUCGUAUUGAAGUGUUUGUUAAAGACUUGGUUAGUUGUGCUUCAGCCAGUCAGUGUUCUCAUUUUCUGGUUGAUGUCGGCAAAGAGAUUUUGGUUCUAUAUGAAAAUAUUUACGAAAUUUACGGCGAUAUAUAUGCAGCAUCAAACAGCUUUAAGAUCGACGCUUUCGUACAAGGUGGAGUGAACGUUGGUAGAGUCAUAAAUGCAUGUAUUGCAUUGCCUCGAUAAUACAAAUAAUUUAUGCAAAAUGUCAGUUGUGUCAUUUCGGAUCGUCUGUCUUAAUCUCUUAUUUUUUUCUUGUCUUAGGAAUUGCAAACACGUGAUUAGCAAGUCUGUACAAAUAAAUGUAAAUAAUUUUUUUUAUAGCAUGGCAGAAAUAUUUUUUGGUACACCUUUAUGUUUUAAUACAAUAUAAAAGUUAAUAUAACAAUGA